AUGGCGAGCCCCAAAUCAACAGGCCAAAUAUUUGCGGAGGAUCUUCUCUACGGCUUUGACAUCGGCGAUGAAGAAACCAGGCAGUACCUCACUUCGCUCAUCGCCUCGGGCCAGGCGCCGCAGGCCGAACUCGAUGAGCUGCACGAGCUCAGCCUUAUGCGUGGGGCCGAGGACUGGGAUUUGCUGUUUGAGUGCGCUUCGACGCUGCGCGAGAAGGGAGUGCUGUCGGGCAGGCAUGGCGGGGAGGUUGAGGAGGCGAGUUUGGUGCCGUUUUUGGAGGCGGUGCUUGAGGGGGGUGAUGGUGUGGUUGAUGGGGGGGUUGUUUCUGGGCAUGAGGAGAAGAAGGCGAAGACUGGGAAGGCAAAGGGAGGUCGCAAAGCAGCUGUGCCCAAAAAGAAGACGCUAGGGUUCGGUGUCUCACAUUUCUGGGGGGAGGAUGAUGAUGCGAGUGGAAGCCCAGGGUUAAGGCAACGGCGCCAGAACACCAAGGUGUUCGGUACCUGGAGCAAAGGCAGCAGUCAAGAUCAUCGUGUCACCCCCGGGAACCCACUCGAGGGAGCUGACGACGUUUUGGGUAGCCCCGCACUUCCCCCGGCGCAAUCCCCUUCACCAAACGACGCGGAUGCCUCCGUUACGAUGAACGAACCCUCACUCAAGCCUGCCACUAAAGAAGAUCCAAGCCCAAGACAACCAACCUCGCCCAACAAUCUCACCCGCACGCCGCCCGAAACCAAGAAAACACCGAAAACCAACCGAGCCGUCAAAGCCACCGGCGGCUCCCGAUCCCCCUUCUUCACCACCCCAACACCCGCCCCCAAAUCCAAACCCAAACCUACCCCACCACCCCCGUCAACAUUCAACAACACCCCCCACAACCAACCCCAAGACCCCCCGGCCCCUGGCAAACCCUGGAAUAGGUUGAUGAGGGGGUAUCCUGCGGAGGUGGGGGGUGGGAGGGGGGUGAGAGUGGGGGAGGUGUUUGGGCCGGAAGAUGGUGAGGUUGGUGAGGAUGGUGGUGGUGAUGGUGGUGGGUUGGCGGGGGAGGUUGUGGAUGCGGUGGCGGAUGCGAGGGAGAGGGCGAUUGGGAGCGCGUGGGAGAUCGGGCAUCUGACGCAAGGCCCGUAUGCACUCGAUUCGUGGCGUAUCUUUUGCAGAGAUGUGUUGCUGGGUCGGUCGGACCAUUGGACGGGGAAGGGGAGCCCGCCCGGGUUUCAGCCCGAGUGGAUGCGUGUUCUGCCCCAUGACAAAGAGCUGAGGGCGUGUCUGCGCUGGAUGUGGAUGCGAGAAGGUUGGGAAUGGGAUCCAUUGACGGGUGAGCGGGAGCCUCUCCGUGAGGAAAUGCGGAAGGCUGUAGACGAAGGCCGUGUUGGCUACGACGAUAGUGGAAAUCUGGUGAUCACUAGGGAAGUGAAAGCUUCCGGUCUGAAUCAGAUGUUCUCGCCGUCGAGCAUGUCCCACGGGUUUGAACCUCAGGCAGGUUGUCGAUUGUGGAAACAGCCUAGUGCUUCGCUGCAGUUGUUUUCCGUCCUAAUUUCGCCUUUGCCUGCCAACUCAACCCGCUCCUUCCCUACCUAUCGCAAAUACAUCGAGACCAGCUGCGCCGUUGAAAUUCCAGGUUUCCAAUCAUAA